GCGGCGCCGCCUCUCCGCCGGGUUCCCUCCUUCUCUCCCGCUCAGCUCCCUGACUGCCCUCGCAGGCGGGAGGCGGCGCAGAGGGAGCGUGCGGUGGUGUGCGGGCAGCCCCUGGCCGGAGCCGAGCCGAGCCCCCGCAUCAUGCCGGCCGCCGCGCCGCCCCCGCUCCACCCCGCGGCAGGCGCCUGCUGCCACUGCCAGGGACGCCAAGGCUUAUUGGACCAUUCGCCACGCAAAGCAGGCUCAAAAGUAAAAGAGAGGAAACUGCAUGGGACUUGUCCUCCUGUUGGUCGUGGAAACUAUGAAAAACCAUGUUUGGGUGAAAGCAGCCACAGGUCCUCAUUUUUCAGUCCCCACAAUGGUUUUCACACGAUACAUUCAGAGCACAGUCCUGUGAAGCCAAGGAUAAUUACAGUGGUGAAACCUGGGGGACGCACGCUCCGGAGGAUAACCUUGCUUCUCAACAGGAGAUCAGUCCAGACCUUUGAGCAGCUGAUGGCUGACAUUUCAGAAGCUCUGGGAUUUCCUCGUUGGAAGAAUGACCGUGUGAGAAAGCUAUACAAUCUGAGAGGCAGAGAGAUCCGAAGUGUUUCUGAGUUCUUCAGGGAAGGUGAUGCGUUCAUUGCUAUGGGGAAGGAGCCCCUCACUUUGAAGGACCUGGAGGUGGUAUUACAAGAACUUUAUCCUGAAAAUCCUUAUGCUCCCACUGCUGCCAUUCAGACAAAUGAGGAGCAGUCCCAAAAACUGAAGAGCAGGCUGUAUGACAAGGCCUCGAAAGUAGACAGUGGCUUUGAUGAGACAGAAAUGACCAAGAACUGCAGCGAUGGCUUGUCUUCCCAGCUGGUAGGUGGACAUGAAGGAAAAAGUCAAGCCAAGACAAAACAAGAGGAAAAAAUGAGAACCAAAAAAAAGUGGACUAGAGAGAGCUGGGGUGGUGAGCAUGGAGUGAAACCUUCUAGGAACACACGGGAAAGUGAAAGGUACCUUAAGCAUGAGAGGAGUUCUGAGGACGGCUUAGAAGAGAGUUCUGAGGAGGUGCCGAGGUGUGAGAAAUGCGAACAGGAAAGGCAGGCCAGAGAAAAGUUACGGAGGGAAAGGCAGGCUGAGGCCUCGUUUGAGAAUAGAGACUUGAACACAGGCAUGUGUCAGAGGUACCACGUAGAAAGAAAUACAAAAGUCAGGAACAACCGAAAGUCUCCUGACACAUGUCUGGAGGGUGAGGAAGUUGGCUGGAAAGAUAAUUGCGGUAGGAGGAUGUGGAAGCCGCUACAUAGGAUUGUUAAUGAAGGGCUGGAGAAGCAAAAAAGGAACACUGAGAAAGAAAGGGAUGUGGAGAAGCAUGAAAACCAUGGGAAGGAAGUAGUAAAAAUCAGGAAGAAUGCUGUAGAAGGGCUCCAGCUAUCUUAUGAAGUGAAGGAAGAUAAUGGAAGUAGCUGUGUAAUGAACCAAAGUGGUUGGCUAAAGAAAGACACUCUGAGGGAUGCUGAGAAAAUGUCUAAAACACAUAGAGAGGGCAGAGAGGGACAAAGGGCUAAAGAGGAAACUGCCAGAAGAGAGGGGAAUGGCACAUGUAGAGAGAGUGACAUGACGCGACGAGAAAAAACAGGGGAGCGCAGAGUGAAUAAAGAAGACAACAAAACUCAGGGAUUGGAAAGCACAAGCCGGAGGCAUGCCAUUAAAAGCAGAACUGAUGUGGAAAAACACUAUGAGAUUGGCAGAACUAUUGGGGAUGGGAACUUUGCAGUGGUGAAGGAAUGUCGCCACUGUGAUUCCAAUCAGAUCUAUGCAAUGAAAAUUGUUGAUAAAUCCAAGCUGAUGGGGAAGGAGGACAUGAUGGAAAGUGAAAUCCUCAUUAUUCGGAGUCUCUCUCAUCCCAAUAUAGUAAGCUUAAUUGAGGUGUAUGAGACAGAAGCUGAGAUCUACUUAAUCUUAGAGUAUGUUCCAGGAGGGGACUUAUUUGAUGCAAUUAUAGAAAGUGUGAAGUUCACAGAGCAUGAUGCUGCUGUCAUGAUCGCUGACCUGUGUGAAGCCCUGGUUUAUAUUCACAGCAAGAAUAUUGUCCACAGGGACCUCAAACCAGAGAAUCUCUUGGUUCAGCACAAUGCAGAUAAAUCUACUACACUGAAACUGGCAGACUUUGGCCUUGCUAAGCAGGUUACAAAACCCAUAUUUACUGUCUGUGGAACACCAACGUAUGUUGCUCCUGAAAUACUUGCUGAGAAGGGCUAUGGCCUUGAAGUAGACAUGUGGGCAGCUGGUGUGAUUCUUUACAUCCUGCUCUGCGGUUUUCCCCCUUUCCGCAGUCAGGACCGUGAUCAAGAGGAGCUGUUUCAGAUCAUACAGCUGGGUCACUACGAGUUCCUGUCCCCUUACUGGGACAAUAUUUCUGCAGCAGCAAAAGACCUCAUCACCAGGCUGUUGAUAGUGGAUCCCCAGAAGCGCUACACAGCACGUCAGGUACUUCAACACCCUUGGAUCAGAACAGCUGGGAAAACUAACAGCCGGAAUCUGCAGAGGGAAGUGACAAUAAACAUCGAGCGCCAUUUCCGGGCCCAGCGCCGAAAGGAAGUUGUUGAUGAGGGCACAUGAAAUCUUUCAAGCUCAUUUUGUCUUCUUUUUUGUUGAUUAACAAAUCAGUUAUGUUUUCUUUUCUAAAUGAAUUGGGAAUUUAAUGUGUAGCUGUUGGUGGCUAUUGCCAUGCCUUUUUUUUGAUUCUGAGAUUCUGAAGGACUGAGAUCAAAUUCACAUUCACCUCUUCUGAUGUUACUUGGCAGUCUCUUUGUUGAAAGCAGUGGGGACUAGAUAAAUUCUAGAAGGUGUCUAUUCUUUUUCUUUAAGUACUGAUUUGGACUUUUACAUCUUUUACAAAUGUUUGCUUCUGUGACUCACACUAGUGGUGAGUCUUCUCUCAUCCUUUUUGUAUGAUAUUCUACAGGAGUUUUGUGUUUGUAAUGUUUUCAAAAUAGCUGUCUGCAUACACGUCUUACACUAAUUUUUUAAAGAGUCUUUUCACUAAUUCCUUCUAGCCACAGAGAAGGAAGAAUAAAAGGUAAAUAAAAUGUUUAGCUGUAGGAUAUAUGAAAUAAACAGCCAGAUACUGUAUUUAUUAGGUUGUGAGGGAAUACAAACACUUAUUGACUAAAUCUGAUAUUUUAUGAUAUCUCCCUUGGCGACAUCUUUCAUUGGUUUUUCAGGGUAAGAGAUGGUGCGAUGUUCCUGUUACAAGAAGGUGGUGCUGUGUACUAUGUAGGUUUCAUUUGUUUUUAGAAGGUGGAAGAUAUGGCUGAUACCUUUUCAAGAUUCAAAUAAUAACAAGAUUCAAAGAGGUUUUCUUCCUCCUCUGGGCAGUAGGAAGUUAAGCAGUUCCAAUGGCGCUUUGCUUUUUAUCCCAAAAUCAUAAUUAUGGAGUGGUAAUUUUUCAGUCAUUUUUCAAUAUUCAGUUUUUUCCCCUCUUGGAGACAUCCAUGUGCAUCUGUGACUUUUCCAUGCCAAUGGAGAAGAAAAAGCUUGGAAAUUGUGACUAAAGUUAACCCUUGCCUUGACAGUUUCCCUUUCAUCAACAUACUUUUUCAGUGUAGUUUAGCGAUUGUUUUGUUUGGUUGGGUUUUUCCAUCUCUUGCCCUCGCUGUGACCUUUUCUCCUUGCUUCCAUGAGAAUAGGCAAUGGGAUGAAAUGAAAUGAAAAUCCCAACUUGAGGAAAAACAAUUUGUUGCCUGCGGAAAGGUCUCCCAGGGGAAGCGUCAGAUGCUCUAUUGCAUGUGGUUUUUAAAAUUUUUAUUGGAUGCAGUUUUAAGGAAAUCCUGUGAGGGAAAAUUACAGCCCAGAGAGAGGGACAUGACCUAGACCAGCUUUUGAAUCUCAGAACUUUUGAAUCUCAGAACUUUUGAUUAAUUAAUUAAAUACAAAAAGCACUUGAGUUUUCCAUUUUAUAAUUCUUUGUCCUCAAGUUCUAUGUGCUAGCAAAUAAUAUUGGUGUUAGAAUGUCAGUGGUGUUGGCACUGAAUACACAGCCUGUAGAAAUGAAGGAGGGUGUUUUACACUUGGAGAGCCUCUGCUCUGCCUAUGUAUUUCAUAGUGAGGAAUGUCAGAAGCAUUUCAGAAUCAGUGAAACAUUUUCACAACUAUAUGAACCAGAAUAUUAUUUUUUGGUGAGUGCUAAUAUUUUGUGUGAACUUGCUGAAUAACCAAAAAGUGUAGAGUUCUUGUCAUCAUGUUUCUGUUUCUUCUUGUGACUGUUUUUCUGCAAGAAUUAUGUAUAAAAGUAGAGAUCACUUGACUCUUAAAGAAGAAUUGCACUUUAAAUUGAAUUAGCUUAUUUCUUAUACUUACUGGAAUAAGACUUGCUGUGGAGUUCAAGAAUUGGUGAAACAAACCAAUCAAAUCUUUACUGUAUGCCCAAGUAGUAGCUCUGUGAUAUGUCAUACUUCUGCUUUGGAGUCUGAGUCAGGAAGACUUUUUCUUUUCCUGAAAAAAAGAAUGGAUUUAAGUGCUUCCCUGAGUUAAGGGAACCUAAUGUAACCUAAUAUUAUAAAAGCAUUCCAUCGUAUUUGAGUACUAGUAAUAAUGUAUCCUCUGUUAAUUUAAGUCUAUUUUGGAUAGGAAACUGUGGAAAAAUAGCUUCUGAUGUGCAAUACUAUAUUUUGUAAUUAUCUUAUUUUUAAUAUAGUUGUUUAGGAAUAAAGUCUGAAGUGACAAAAAUAUUUAAUCAACAGUGAAUCUGAAAGUUUGGAGAUUGUGUUACAAGUUGUCUUUUGCACCUUUAAGAACCUGUCUGCAGCCUUAUUCAUAGUGCAGAAGAUGAAGAAUUUGCUUGUAAAAUUAUAAAAGUAAUUAUUUUUUCAAUUAUUUUGUUUUUCUUUCACGUUCUCUGUGUUCCAGACAGGCUAAACAUGGACUGUGCUAGGUGGUCACUGCAUGGCACCUGUAAGUACAGAUGCUGCUGUGGCAGUGCUUAGGCACAGGUUUGUCACUGUUGCUACAAGAUGUGUGGCAUUAGGCCCUCCCUCCUUCAGGUUGGAGGCUGAAAAAGCUUCCAGGUGCUUCUCAGGGUUUUUACUUCUUUCUUUCUCUCCUACUUCAUUAUUCCUUUUCUCUUGUUGCUUCCAGUGUUUUUGCUCUGUCUCUGUACUGUCGAAGGGAGUCCAGGUCCCCAAACAUUAUGUUUUAAUUUACUUGUAGCAAUGAAAUCCCAUAUGGUUUUGGAGGGCUCCGCCUCAAGCUUUGCUUGCUGAUGUUGAAAGUAAUAUUAGGCAGGACUAAGAAAAGAAAUGGUGAAAAUCCCCUCUCAUCUCCUCCAGUCUUUUGUCAGGCUUUUCUUUUAGCUCUGUGUGACAUUCCAAUGCAGACCUGAUCUUUAUGCUCUGUAAGAGGGUUUCUAAUAUAUGAACCAUGUUCACACUCUGUGAUUGAGGAUUAUCACUGUUCUUCCUUUCCUGAGGUUUUUCUAAUGUAUAUUGUCUCCUUGGUUUCUGGAGUCAUCUUCCCCUUAAUAUUUUCAUUUCUUGAUUGGUUCCUUUCUCUAAAUCAUGUCUGAGGAAGCUCAAAGCUGGGGGAGAUUAUAGACUCAGAGCAAAUUCUUGCUGAUUGACAGGAAGAAGAAAUAUCCCUUCUUGCCCCCUUCCUUAAGUCUUUGUGGAUUAGAUUCUCAUAUGGCUUUAUAUUCCACUGAAAAUAAAACAAGUUUUGGUGUCCUCAUGUCUUUAAAUACUAACAAUGAAGAGAGUCUGAAUAUAUCACCAAAAAAAACAACCCUCCCCCCAAGAUCUAAGUGCACAAUAUUAGUUAAUAAUAUUGCAGACUUCAACAGGAAAGUUCUACUUCCUGAGGAUUUGCAGGGUCUAAGGCAAUAGAAGGCAAAAACCUGUUUGUUUGCUGCAAGCUUUAGCAAAUAGCUGAGUAGGAAUCCUUUCAUGCCUCUCAAAAGGUAUUGUUUGGUUCCUAGGUCAUAAUGGAGAUCCUGAUCAAGUUAUUCUAGGGUUAUUUCUUUGCUGUCUGGUAUUGACUAUUCAAAAAAUAUUCUCAUUUUAGAAACCAGAGACUCUCCAUCAUCUUUAACCAUUGACUUAGCUCUUCUUCAGUUGGUUGCAGCCUUUAAGCAUGAUUGCAUAUUUUCAUGUCUUCAGACUUGAAGCAAGCACAAAGAUCCAGUCAUAUAGAAUUGAGUCAUCAGUGUUUCAUUUUGUAGUAAAACCCAUGCCUAAUAGACAGAGCUGCUUUUUUAGCUUUUCGGCUGCCUGAAGAUAAAGUGGUCCCCGGAUAUCCCCUCCGUUUGCAACCAAGGUCAGCUUCUUCACUUUCCCGUAUGCUAUUACAUUUCAUUGGCCCUAGACCUCACCUACAUAUUUUCUAUCAUCUGUCAUCUGCCUCCUGUCGUUGGCCUCUUAUCCCCUUGGAUCACUCCCAUUAUUGAAACAUGGUGAAAUCUUCACAUGUUAAUAUGUUUUUCUUCAGGAUAUUCUGGCAUUAAAAAUGGGAAUGAGCAAAAAAUUUUGGAAGUGUUUAGGCAUGUGAAACUGAGCAAAAGACUGGUGCUUCACACUGCAUGGUGCAUAACUUCCUGAUAAUGAACAAUGGAAAUUUGGUCAUUGCUCAUAUAUUUAGUCUCCUAAUAUUUAAAAAUGUGUGCCCAGGAGACCUGUAAUUGAAGCUUGGCAGUGCAGCAGAGACUGUUUCCUCUGAGACACAGACUUUUAUUCAGGGACCUUCUUAAUCUAAGAUUGUUUAACAGCUGUGUGGAAUAGCUGGACUCAAACACCAUCAAAUUGGCCACCUUGCUUCUGACUGGAAUUAUAGGUGGAUUUCCUGCAUCUCUGUUACUGCAAUUUUUGGCUGUAGGGUGAUGGAGGGAUAGUGGGAUGUUAUCCCCUGAGCUUAGGCCUCUUGGGGUUUGGUCUUCUUGUUAAACUGAACUUUAAGGAGUCAACUGCUUGCUUUUUUGGCAAGUACCCAGAUUUGGGGAGGUAUUCAAUCUGCUUGAAAUUAUAGUAAAUUUGCUGUGCUUAUAAAGUGAUUUUCCCAAAGACACAUACAUAUCACUCUUAAAUAUUUUUCCUAUAAUUUCUUCUGUCACCUGGAUUUCUUUUAAUUUAAGCAAUGUAAGGAAAAUGCUUUUUAUGUUUCUGGGCAUGCAUUUUUCUGUCUUUUUUAAGUCCACGAGUAAUACUUCACUGUUGACAUUCUUGUUCCUGGAAGGAAUUAUGGGCACUUUAACUGGGCUGACAGUGUAUAGUGGCACUGUUUGUUCUACAAUAUGGUUUAUUUGUAACUUGGCUGAAGGUGGAAUUUUCUAAAUUGAAAUACAUUGUAGACUUCAGCAGAAAAGUUGUUAUUCCUCCCCCUGUUCUUCCAAUAAAAGUAAAUUAUACAGUAAACAUAAUGUUCUAGUUCUUUUCGAUAAAUUGGGAAACAAUUGUGUGGCCAAGUAUUUUUAUUUUUUUUUUAACCUUCUGGCAAUGUAUCUAUUUGGAAAUGCUUGUUUUAAAAGGUUUGCAAUUUCAGUAAGUAUUGUGUAUACCUUCAUUUGUGAGUAGCAGAACCCGUUUUAAUGCUGCAGUCCUUUGAAUACUUACAGCUGUGUUUUUCUUUGCUGCUGCAUGUAAUCCCAUUAAAACCGACACAAAUCUUU